CCAUUUUAAAGUUUUAGAUCUGUUGUUCACAGAGUCACAGGCUUCAGGGCACUGGACGUGAGUAGGAGGAGGCCUGGGAGGCCGCUGCCUGCGGUGCAGGGUGUGUCUGAGGCCCCUGGAGCCCCAACAGACCGAGAUCGGGGUCCCCGUGCCUCCCGGACGCCUCUCUGCUCUCAGCGUUCCCGCAGCCCGACCCCCCUGAACCCUCCAGCCUGGGGGCCGGCGCCGCUCAGGUCCUGCCGCCCAGGUCCCAGCGUCCGGAAUGGAUGUGAACUUUGAGGACGUGGCCAUUGCCUUCUCUCAGGAGGAAUGGUGACUCCUUGAUGAGGCUCAGAGAAUUCUGUACUGCGAGGUGAUGCUGGAAGUGUUUGCACUUGCGUCAUCUGUAGGUAAGGGUUCUUUGUGGCAGCCUGUGCCGUGUUAUGGUCUUUACCUACAUGAAUCAUAUGCUGUUUUCCAUGGCUUUGAGGAUUUAGUUGAGGUUAUCAUCAAGAAUGUUGUUGAGUUGAGUAAGCAGCUUGAUUUGGAGGUGGAGGCUGAGGAUGUCACAGAGCUGCUGGCGUCUCAUGGAGAGGAGCUAUUGCCGAGGACCACACUCAACUGAAACAGCAGUUCAUUGAAGAGGAAGACACACCAACCCCAGAGCCCAGGAGAUUGACAAGCAAGGAAUUAGCAGGGGCCUUUGCCAUGAUAGAGGAUGCCUUGGCAAGGUUUGAGGCUCAGGACCCCAACAGUGACAGGUACACUAAGGCUGCCAGAGGGAUCAUGGAUAGCCUGCGGUGUUAUAAGGAGAUUUGGGAGGACAAGAAGAAGAUAUCCUUCCAUACGAGCCUCGAACAUUAUUUUAAGAAGGUGGAGAGGCCUGCAACAGAUCCCGUACCCUCUACCUCAUAUGCUUCUCCAGACUCACCUGACCCAGGAUCUCCAGCACCUUCUGAAAGUUCUCCCUCUCAAACCUCCUCCCUGCAGCAGCCUAGUGUAAGCCUGUCUUUCCCCACUUUGCAACGUCCAGUGUGCAAACCAACAACAGUAGUAGAGGAUAUGAACUUUGAGGACGUGGCCAUUGCCUUCUCUCAGGAGGAGUGGGAGAUCCUUGAUGAGGCUCAGAGACGUCUGUACUGUUAUGUGAUGCUGGAAGUGUUUGCACCUGUAUCAUUCAUAGGUCCUUGGCAUACAAUGGAUGAUGGAGCGGCCUAUUCUGAGCACAGUGUAUCUGUAGGAGACUCUCAGGUCAGGGCUUCCAAGACAGCUGCAGCCACCCAGCGGACCCAUCUGUGUAAGCCGUGCUUCUCGGUGUUAAAAGAUAUUUUGCACCUGACUGAGAUACAAGUGGCAUACUUUGAGAAGAAUGUAUUCUUAAGUGAUGCAUGUGUGAGAGACUUGUAUUUCAGUACAAACCCUCACCAGCAGCAGAAGGAUGCCUGUGGAGAGAAGCCCUGGAAAGAAGAUAUGGAGAGUGCUUCGCCUGUGACAACUUGCUGGUUCUACUUCUUUGGAGUGCCUGAAUCUAGUACUGAGGUUGGGGUACACUCCCCAGAUACCUCAGGGCUUCUCCAGCACCAGGCCACUCUUAACACUGUGGAGCCACACAGUAACACUGAGAUUUCACAGGAAUGUCUCCGUGGAAAAAGACAUCACCAGUGGGUUGAAUGUGAAACAGCUGCCAGCCAGAAACAGAAAGUUGCUUAUCAGAAAGGUCUCUGCUCUGGAGAAAUGAUUAAUGAGUCUAAUAAAUGUGGGAAAGUGUUCAGACAAAUCUUUAACCACCUACAACAGGGUAGAGUUCACACUGUAGAAAAGCCCUGUGAGUGUACUGAUUGUGGGAAGGUCUUCAGUGAAAGCCCUGCUCUCAUUAAACACAACAGAGUUCACAUUAGAGAAAAGCGGUAUAAGUGCAGUGACUGUGGGAGGUCCUUCAUUCAAAGGUCUACCCUCACGAGACACCACAGAGUUCACACUGGAGAAAAGCCAUAUGAGUGUAGUGACUGUGGGAAGCACUUCAGUCGAAGGUCUAACCUCACUGUACACCUCAGAGUUCUUACUGGAGAAAAGCCGUAUGAGUGUAGUGAAUGUGGGAAGCAUUUCAGUGAAAGGGCUUCCCUCACUAUACACCACAGAGUUCACACUGGAGAAAAGCCAUAUGAGUGUAAUGAAUGUGGUAAGCGUUUCAGUCAAAGGUCUCACCUCGCUGUACACAACAGAGUUCACACUGGAGAAAAUCCAUAUGUGUGUAGUGAAUGUGGGAAGUCCUUCAGUCAAAGGUCUGCCCUCACUAGACACCGCAGAGUUCACACUGGAGAAAAACCUUUUGUGUGUAGUGAAUGUGGGAAGUAUUUCAGUGAAAGGGCUGCCCUCACUAUACACCAGAGAGUUCACACUGGAGAAAAGCCAUAUGAGUGUAGUGACUGUGGGAAGUCCUUCAGUCAAAGGUCUCACCUCACUAUACACCACAGAAUUCACACUGGAGAAAAGCCAUAUGAGUGUAGUGAAUGUGGGAAGUAUUUCAGUGAAAGGGCUGCCCUCACUAAACACCACAGAGUUCACACUGGAGAAAAGCCAUAUGUGUGUAUUGAAUGUGGGAAGUAUUUCAGUGAAAGGGCUGCCCUCACUAGACACCACAGAGUUCAUACUGGAGAUAAGCCAUAAAGGUGCAGGGAAUGGUUUAUUUUUCUCACUUAAAAGAAAACUUAAGGAGCCCGAAACUGGUUUGACUCAGUGGAUAGAGCGUCAGCCUGUGGACUGAAGGGUCCCAGUUUCGAUUCCGGUGAAGGGCAUGUACCUUGGUUGCAGGCACAUCCCCAGUAGGGUGUGUGCAAGAGGCAGCUGACCGAUGUUUCUCUCUCAUCGAUGUUUCUCUCUAUCCCUCUCUCUUCCUCCCUGUAAAAAAUCAAUAAAAUAUAUUUUUUUUAAAAAACAAAACUUGAGGGUCUAUGAGACCCUUUACAUCAAUGUAAACCCCUUUUAUGGGAACAUACACUCUGCUAGAUUCCUCAUAAAUCUGAGGUACACGUGAGACUUGAAGGAGCUGCACUGUACUUGCUAACAUGCCCAGACCUACCACCCAAAUGAUGUCACUGUCUCUUUGUCUCUGAAGAGAUUUCACCUCUAACACCUGAUUCCCCUGAGGAGUGUGCAUCGGUCACCACCCCUGCGUGCUGAGGGGAAUGUAUUCUGUGUUCUCUCUUCUGCUGGAAUUAAUUAUGGUUCCUCCAAGCUCUUGGCAGUAUCUUCAUUCAUUUCUCUGUGAUGAGAAAAUGAACCUGACCCAGGAUUCAUCCAGAGCACCCCUUCUCAGCUAAGAAGUUCCACCUGUCUCAGGGACAUAGUGUUACAUUAUGCUGUGAUAAAUUUGGGGGGAUUCUUAUUCACUAACCUGCAAACCGCUUGUUCUCCUGUGCUCUAGUUUACAAUCUUUUUAAAGGUAUUUUUACAUUUGUACCUUUGAUUUUGGUUUAAUCACUGCCACAGAUGAUGUGCAAACACAAAUGUGAUCUUUCAGAAUGAAGAGAUGAGUAGAUACUGUGUUUAUCCAAAAGUGUAUGUGGUUUGAAAGGGACAGUAUAAUGUCCGGAAAUCACUUUCUGUCCAGUAUUGGCUUAUUACUUAUUGCAACCCGUGGCCUUAAAAGAAAGACCACGUGAUUUUGUGCAUUUAAUUUUCAGCCUAGUGCCUCGAUUACUGGUGAGGGCAAAGGUCAGUCUGAAGAUGAGACCUUUGCUCUGCUUAUGUUACCAAUACUUCAGAAGACCUGAUGGGCAGCCCCUUCAGAAAAAUCAUUUGCAGCGGGAAAUUUACAGUCCUGAAUGCACAUGAAGAAUCCACGGGCUUAAACACGUUUGCUUAUUUAGGAGUAAAAGUGCAUCUGGAAGGUGCUUUAGUUUACUCACCACAAGGAUAGCUCUCCAGAGGAAAAUGACAAUCACAGAAAUGUACAAGGAGACAGUGAUGAUGGUCAGCUUCCACAGAAUUUCACAAAACUGGUUGGAGGACACAGUAAUGGGGCAGGAUAUGCAAUAGAUGGAAUACUGUGUGAGAUCCUGAGGAGCCUUAGACACUUACAAUAUAUCUGUCUCAGGAAAUCAUCUUUCUAAUCCCAACACCAGCCUCCAUGUGAUCCCUGGAGGAUUCUCUGCUUUAAGAAAGACUGCAAGUUGGCGACCUCCUGCCUCCUGUGUCACUGGCCAUAUUUAUAGACAUUGAAACAUGGGUCUCACUGGGGAAAGCACAGUUUCUAGUCCACCAUUGGCUCUGCUCACUCCUGUGUCUAAAGUUAUGUUGGAAUCCCUCAGUAACAGCUUCUCCCGUGGGAAAGUUAAUCUUUAUCACUCAAAGACUAACCGAAGUUUAAAACACAAAGAGAUGACUUUAAUCAAAAACCAUAGAUUUAAGGGCUUAAAUAAAAACAAGGUGGGGAUCAUGACUAUGACACUAAUAGUGUGUGUGUGUGUUUUGAUGUUGUUUUUCUUUUUAGAAAUCCGUGAUAUUUAUUCUUUACAUGAAAGGGGACAGACUUCCACUGAGUUCAGAUGAUUCUGACACCUGUUCUAGAGAUAUAGGUUUAGAUUUAACCAUAUAUACUUGAAACAUAAACAGCUUAUUUUUAAAAAUUCUAUCCCAGGGAAUUGUGUAUUAAUUUGAGGGGGAGAGAGACAGAGAAAGAGAGAGAGAGAGAAAGGGAGAGAGAGAGAAAGAAAAGAAAAAAGAAGCAUCGAUAAAAAAGAAAACAUGGCCGAAACCGGUUUGGCUCAGUGGAUAGAGCGUCGGCCUGCAGACUCAAGGGUCCCAGGUUCGAUUCAGGUCAAGGGCAUGUACCUUGGUUGCGGGCACAUCCUCAGUAGGGGGUGUGCAAGAGGCAGCUGAUCGAUGUUUCUCUCUCAUCGAUGUUUCUAACUGUCUAUCCCUCUCUCUUCCUCUCUGUAAAAAAUCAAUAAAUUAUAUUUUUUAAAAAAAAGAAAACAUGGAUCAAUUGCCUCCUCCUUGUCUUUGUGAACAAGAAUUUAAUUUACAAACGAGUUAGUUAAGUUCCUUUAGCAUGAAUCAAACCAGCCAUCAAUUUUGAGGGUGUACUUUACAGGAGGAUGCUCCAACAUACUGAGCCCCCUGAGCAGUGCAGCAUCUUAAUUCUUAAUGUUUCCUUGAAGAGAUUAAAGCAUCCAGGUAGGCGUGUGCCCUGACCUUGACUGGAACCAGUAAGCUUUCAGGGCAAGGGAUGCUGCCCAACCAACUGCAGUGCAAUGGCCAGGGUAGAGAUUAUUCUUGGUGUUAUUAUUUACUAACUAUUGUAUUAAUUUUCAUACCAACAACUCUAAACCUACUUUAGUACACCCUAAAUUUACCUCCUGCCCUUUUGUAAUCUCUCUUUCUGCCUUCCCCGGCUCUAAAUACAGUCACUCAUUUUCCUUUCUUAAAAAGAUUAGUUUAUAUUUUUCAUAAUAUUAUAAACACUAUAAUUUGUGUAAAUCUUAACAAAUAUUCAACUCUUUCAUGCUACACAGUUAUUUUGUGAUUGAACUCUAAUUCUUAUGUGAAAAGUUUAUUAUUUUUUAUUGCUGAGUAGUAUUGUGUUCUGUCAAUAACCACUUUGUCUAUUGAUCUGACUAUGGUUUUUGUUAUUUCCAGGUAUGGGGUAUUAGAAAUAAAUUUUCAGGGAAUAUUGGG